AUGCGGCUUUUUAUUAAGCAUAUGGACGGAGAUAGUGAGUACCACAAUGCUAAGAACUGUGAGAAUGCAUACUGGGAGCAUCCAACAGAACAUGGCAAGACACACCAACCACAAAGGAAGAUGGAUCGGCGAACAGAAAGAGUUAUAUGCAGACUCAUGAAGCAAGGGAUAUAUUUUGCGAACGCAUGGACUCAGGAAGUAAAGACCAACAUAGAGGACAACUCCGAGAACGAUAAGGAAAUUAAGGGGUUAAUGAGAUGCACCAUAGCGCAUAUAUACCAAGAUAUACUCAGGACAUAUGCAUGCGAGGGUUGGUGGGGCACAUAUUACGCAUGGUGGGUGGUGGACCAAAUAUCGGGCGCGUUAAAGGACACAUUGGGGGAAAACCAUUGUAAGCGCGGUAUGUAUAAGGAAAUCGAAUUAGGGCACUGGCCCAUGAGGAAUCAGAUGAAGAAAUGGCUAAAGCAGAAUGCACAGAUGCAGGAGAAACUUGCGCAGGAACAAAUAGGCGAUGACUGUAAGGGAGCACAGGUAAAGCUAGAGGUCGGGAAGACACAGGAGGAAAAAGACAAGAACAAGGACAAACAAACGAAAGAUGAAGUAAAGCAGCAGGUCACAAAAAUUUUGCAAGAAGUGGAGGAAGAGAUGAAGAACGAGGAGAAACAAUUGAGGGGGUCAACUGCGAAAGCACCCAAGUACCCUUCUGUGGGCGAAGAAGACGAAAAAAAGGAUGCCGAGAUAGAGGAACACAUAAAACACGCAGUAGAGCACGCGGGAGACGCAUUACAGAAAGUAAUCGUUAUUCCCGCCUCCGGCGCACGCGCCACCGGAACAACCCAGCAAACGCCAGAGACGGAGAAGACAAGCACGGACAACACGGCAAACACUCCAUCGGCACCAUCCGUGCCGCCCGGACCAAAGGGACGAUCAGAGGACUCAAAAGCAGGGCAACCACAAGCACCGGCAUCCCCACCCGCGCCAGGGGAAGAAGGAACCCAACCUGUUACUGGUGCUGCAAGACCCAAGGGACCACACGAACAAUCAGGCGAUAACGUGCCCGAUGGAGGCAGUGGCGGAAAUGAUGACCCCCCUCUUCUCAAUCCACCCAAACCAAAACCGAACCCGAACCCAGAUCAAUCGGGGAGCAGCCCCGGCGGCGGCGGCCAAGGUAGCGAGGUAACGGUUCCUACCAAUAAUCAGGCUGCUCCGCAUACACCACACAAUGCGGGCAGUGGACCAGGCGACUUCACUUUAGACAUAGCACUUCCAACAGGAGGGGGCGACGUGGGCGGAUCAUAUGGAACAGGUCCAACACCAGGUCCAAAGGGGAACCCUCCGCACAAUGUGGAACACGAUGGCCCCUUCUUCCCCGAUCUAACCGCCGACGUCCUUACCGCCACUACUCCCGUUCUGUUUUUUCUCACUUCCGUCAUCGUGGCCCUUCUGGUACUUUGCGUACCUCGCCAAACGCCGACGAAAAUACCGAACCGUUCGUGA